AUGCGGUGCGGUUGUGCGCGGGCGUUGCCAGCCACGGGUCUACCGUGCGUCGAGGUGAUGAUGAGUGCGGGUAGAAGUAGAAGAUGGUUUAAAUGUUGCGCCUGUUUUGCGUUUCGAUCUAAUCAAACGAUUGUGACGAGUGAGGAACGAAUCCGGCCGUCGUUCACGACUGAGCUACAAGGCCGUUAA